GCCGCUACAGCACAAGGCCUGAGUUCUACAAAAACUUCUACAUCGGUCUCUCCCACCUCCCAUCGUCUGCACUGCUGUUGUGCAUCCCGUUGAGGAUUUUCGCAGCUCGUUUGCAGCGCUGCUCACCUUGUUGCGCAGAGCGUGUUUUUAUCUCCUUAAUUUUAAUUUUAAUUGGAUGUUUUGUCGUGGAUUUUCUCGGACUAGAUCGACUGGGAUUUCAAGGAGCUUCUUCAUCUUAGAGGUGUACAGUGCAGAGGCAGCCUGGUUUUGGGGACAGCAAUCUGUGUCGAGAGUGUUGAGCUUGUUGAAACAUUUGAUGACGGAUUUUGACACGUUUGCGCGUCGAUCGUGCACCUGUGGUUUUGAUCUUCUCGUGGCUAGCGUGGGUAGUGUUUGAUCUUGAAUAUUGGAGAAUUGCGUUGGUUUUUGGUUGUGAAGUUCUGGAACGACUACCUUUCCGUCUUACUUUAAGUACAGUAGUGAAGAUGCCUUGCCUAUGUGCGCCUACCACCCACGCCGGGUCGUUUCGGUGUCGUCUGCACCGUUCGAAUUCCAGAAGCCAGCGUUCCAUCUCCAUCAGACCUACAUCCGGCGAGGACUUGGAAAUCUCGACGGCUUCCUUGAUUGAGAACUUUUUGAGCACGAGAGAACAGAAACCGAACACGAAGCCCGUGAAUUCGUAUCCCUCUCCUCUGCGCACUUCAAAUGCAAGGAGCUCAGUGAAAGGUGGCAGCAGGUUGAGACAUAUGGUGAGCAGCUCGGAUGAGGAGGACGAAGUGAUCAAGCCAUCCGUCCCUGUGUCAGAGCACAUGUCCACAGGGACGGGGGGCAGCUACUCUCCAGCGCCUGGAGGGCGAGUCGCACUGUUUAGGAUGAUGAAGACUGGCCAAUUGGCUUCUAAGAUAUAUGCAUGAAUCUGUCAAUCUUCGGUAGUAAUCAAUACCAAUGUAUGAUAUCCUCGCCCACGUAUUGUAAUUAACUAGAGAUUGUAUUCCUUUUCCGAUCUUAAAAAAUGUCGGUAUAAAAAUUAGUAACUGCUGUAUAGCAUUCCUGAGCCCCUUUUUACCUCUUUGUCCGUUUCUUUCCGAAACUAACUGCUCAGGUUUUCAUCAUCCUCUUGUAGAAAUAUUUUUUAGAGAUCAGUAUUUUAGAACAUUAUCUAAAUAGAGAGCAAUAGUCGAUGUCGUCGCAAUGAGAACGAGUUUUGUAAGAAGAGCAGGCACCUUGUGUGCUCUUUUGCGUGAUCAAUUAUGAAGUUGGAUAAUAGAAAAUUUGUUGACUCUUCUGUGCA